AUAUCCUUUGCAUUCUCUCAGCAGGUGCAGUCCCUUGAUUUUCUCUGCAUCUGUGCUUUUCAAUCUCUCAAAAAACACCCAUCUUUUCUUUUUCAUUUUUUCUGUUCAUUACAAUUUCAACUCUAGUUCUUCUAAAAACGGAAUCGUCUUGCUAAAUUCUGAUUAGAAUGCCGUCGUUAGAGGAGGAAUUGUUCCCCUCGACGCCCGGGAAGUUUAAGAUCGAUAGGGGUUACUCGAUAAACCGCCAGUUUCAUCGGUGUUUCGCUUCCACGAGUACUUUGUUCUUGUGGGCGCUGUUUCUGGUGGCUUUAACGGCGUCGUAUUUGAGUUUUCAGAGUUUUGUGGAUUCCGGUAGCCGGUAUUUCUCGUCCUCGUGGGGAGGGAUACAGUUGGAGAAACAAGUGAGGAACUCUGCUCAGAUCCAUCGGUCCGGUGGGAUGUCAGUGCUGGUUACCGGUUCAGCCGGUUUCGUUGGUACACACGUGGCGUUGGCUUUGAAAAGACGCGGAGACGGCGUUGUUGGACUUGACAAUUUCAAUAGCUAUUAUGACCCUUCGUUAAAGAAAGCGCGUAAAGCUCUGCUAAACAGCCAUGGCAUUUUCGUAAUCGAAGGCGAUGUCAAUGACUCAAAACUCUUGGCUAAGCUCUUUAACACCGUGGCUUUUACGCACGUGAUGCAUUUGGCGGCUCAAGCCGGCGUUAGAUACGCCAUGGAGAAUCCCCACUCAUACGUUCAUAGCAACAUCGCGGCACUCGUCACGCUGCUCGAGGCUUGUAAAUCAGCCAAUCCUCAGCCGUCCAUUGUUUGGGCUUCAUCCAGCUCAGUCUACGGUUUAAACGAUAAAGUCCCCUUCUCCGAAACUGAUCGGACGGACCAGCCUGCGAGUCUGUAUGCGGCAACGAAAAAGGCGGGUGAAGAAAUUACCCACACUUAUAACCACAUUUACGGACUCUCAAUUACCGGGUUAAGAUUUUUCACCGUGUACGGUCCAUGGGGCCGACCCGAUAUGGCCUAUUUCUCGUUCACGAAAAAUAUCCUUCAAGGCAAACCCAUCACGGUAUAUCGAGGGAAAAACCAGGUGGAUUUGGCACGAGAUUUUACUUACAUUGACGAUGUAGUGAAAGGUUGUUUGGGGUCGUUGGACACUUCGGGUAAGAGUACCGGGUCUGGAGGUAAGAAACGGGGACCCGCACCGUACAGAAUCUUUAAUUUGGGUAAUACGUCACCGGUUACCGUACCCAAGCUUGUAAAGAUGCUGGAAAGGCAUUUGAAGAUGAAAGCAAAGAAAAAUAUAAUCGAGAUGCCCGGAAACGGCGACGUUCCAUUCACUCAUGCGAAUAUAAGUUCGGCCCAGAAGGCGUUCGGGUAUAAACCGACAACCGAUUUACAAACCGGGUUGAAGAAGUUUGUUAGAUGGUAUCUUCAAUAUUACGGCUACAAUCACGGCAAACAUGUAAAUUAAAAUUUUAUUUUGAAGUUUUUAGAAGCUUUUUUUAAAGAAAAGAAAAAAUGGGAAAGAAAAUCUAUAAAGAAAAAUAAAAAAACACAUUAUUCGUUUCUUCAGGGAGUGGUGAAAUGUAAUGUCAUGCUUCCCUUUGGUAGGGUUUUUUUUUUUUUUUUGUAAUAUUUUUUUUGUUUUUAUAUCUUUUUCUUUUGUGUAAGUAAAGAUAAAGCUUCAAACUGAUUUGGCCCAACGCUAACUUUUUUA